GGCGAACACCCCUCAAUGCCGUUGCCAGUUGCCUAUGAAGGGAGAAGUCCACUUGGCAUCUGCAUGCCUCGCAACGUAUGUUCUUUCCUUUUUGGCCCACGUUUUAAUGUGCAUCACAGUCCUCCUCCAACAUCACGAACGAACAGUAACUGGGUGCAGCGUUACUCCGAGAUUAUAAACAUGUUGCGACAGCAAGCUCUCCUCACUCGCGCCUACGCCACACUUUGUCCGUCUUUCAAUAGCAUUACCAAAUUUCGACCCAUUGUCCAAGUGCCCUCCACAGGACUAGCAUCCAAGGUACCCUUUCAAGGCACGAAAGUCAGUGUACCAAAGUCAUACGUAACAAGCAAGGGAAGGGCUUACGCCAUGGCUGCAAACGCUGGCUUGGAUUUGGAAGCUUUUGGCAAGGCCAAGUCCGGAUCCGGCAGCCCUAGCAAGGAGCGAGGAGAUUGCCCAUUCUCGCAACGCAUCUACAUCGAAUUGGAAGAGAAGAAACUACCCUACACAGCUACUUACAUCGAAGAAGGCGAAAACAAGCCUGACUGGUUUAUGGAGAAGAACCCUAAAGGUCUGAUGCCUGUGCUUCGCGAUGGGGACGAAUGGAUUCAAGAUUCUGACAAGAUAGCUGAGCAUCUUGAGAAAAAGUAUCCGGAAGUGUCCCUGGCGACUCCUAAGGAGUACAAACAAAUUGGAUUGAACAUCUUCCAAGCCUUCACAACCUAUCUAAAGAGCAAGAAUGCUGAUGACCAAUCCAAGCAGGAGUUGUUGAAGGAGCUUGCUGCUCUGGAUCAGCAUUUGCAAACCAAGGGUCCAUAUAUUGCCGGAGAAAAUCCAACCGACUCUGAUUAUGCAUUGAUCCCUAAACUGCACCACAUGAGAGUGUCACUAGCCCAUUACAUGGGCUUCAAAAUCCCAUCUGAGCACAAAGCUUUGCAUAAAUACAUCAAGUUGCUCGAAAGUCGCCCAAGCUUCCAGAAAACUAACUCACCCGACGACAUGAUCAUCGAAGGAUGGCAGAAGAAGUUCGGCCUUCCCGACCGUGUGGUGGAGCCAGCAAGUGCUUAAAAACACCGUCGAUGCGACGCAGCUCUGCGGUGUUUGUACAAUUGUGAAUGUUGUGCUUCGUGCGAUGAUUUUGUACACAGAUUGAUCAGUGCAGAGACUGUAAGAUUGUAAUACCUCCACUCGAAGAUUCGGUUUUUGUUCGACUUUAUUGAUUUAGUGUGAUACCGUUGAAAAAUAUCCUGAAAUAAAAUCGACUAUUCUAAUCA